GAAAGGCGGCCGCGCUGAAGAGGGCCAAGAUGGCGGCGGCGGCGGCUUCGCUUCGCGGGGCGGUCCUGGGCCCGCGAGGCGCGGGGAUCCCGGGCGCGCGGACCCGGGGGUUGCUGUGCUGUGCGCGGCCCGGGCAGCUCCCGCUGCGGACGCCUCAGGCAGUCUCCUUGUCGUCAAAGCCCGGCCUGUCCCGGGGCCGGAAGGUGAUGCUGUCAGCGCUAGGCAUGUUGGCGGCAGGGGGUGCCGGGCUGGCCGUGGCUCUGCAUUCUGCCGUGAGUGCCAGUGACCUGGAGCUGCACCCUCCCAGCUAUCCCUGGUCUCACCGUGGCCUCCUCUCCUCUCUGGAUCACACCAGCAUCCGGAGGGGCUUCCAGGUAUAUAAGCAGGUGUGCUCCUCCUGCCACAGCAUGGACUACCUGGCUUACCGCCACCUGGUGGGCGUAUGCUACACGGAGGAUGAAGCCAAGGCGCUGGCUGAGGAGGUGGAGGUGCAGGAUGGCCCCAACGAGGACGGGGAGAUGUUCACGCGGCCAGGGAAGCUGUCCGACUACUUCCCAAAACCAUACCCCAACCCUGAGGCUGCUCGUGCUGCCAACAGCGGGGCUCUGCCCCCCGACCUCAGCUACAUCGUGCGAGCUAGGCACGGCGGUGAGGACUACAUUUUCUCUCUGCUCACUGGCUACUGUGAGCCACCCACUGGGGUGUCGCUGCGAGAAGGCCUUUACUUCAACCCCUUCUUCCCUGGCCAGGCCAUUGCCAUGGCGCCCCCCAUCUACAAUGAAGUUUUAGAGUUUGACGAUGGUACUCCAGCCACCAUGUCCCAGGUGGCUAAGGAUGUCUGCACCUUUCUGCGCUGGGCAGCUGAGCCAGAGCAUGACCAUCGCAAACGCAUGGGACUCAAGAUGUUGAUGGUGAUGGGUUUGCUGUUCCCUCUUAUCUAUGCCAUGAAGCGGCACAAGUGGUCAGUUCUGAAGAGCCGGAAGCUGGCCUAUCGGCCGCCCAAGUGACCCUGCCCACCAUCUGCCCGCCAUCCAGCCUGAACAGGCCCUCGCGCCCAGGAGCCCCUGGUCAGACCUCAGGCCUGUGCGGCCAAGCCUUUCUUCCUCUGGGACAAGAGGGAAGGGGACAGGAGACCCGGGUGUAGCUCCAGAUUCUCCUUCAGCCCCCCAUCAUGGGAAUAAAUUAAGUUUCUCAACAUACA